AUGGAGGGCGAUGAGGUUAUUGGCGCACCAAAGCAUCCGGACUGGCUGCAGAUGGUGCGCAUUAAGGAAGGGGAGGUUCCCCGCAUGAUCGCCUACGUUUCGACUAGGUUAUCCCGCUAUCGUCCCGCUAUGCGCCGUGACAUCGUUGACCAUUGCGACAUCCUCGUCCUCUCCCUCUUCAGUGGGGCCAUUGAGCACCUUGCUGCUCGUGUGCAUUCUUUACCACCGUUCAUCUAUAUGGCUGGUGACUUCAACUGCGUGUUGACGACUUGGGAUGACUAUGAGCAUGGCGAGUCGUCGACAGCAAUAUCCCUGCGGGAUACCGCAUCUCAGAUCGGCCUCGAAUUGGAGCACGAUCUCCAGGGUCCGUCAGAUCAUGUCCCAAUCUGCACAGAUCUUGAUAUUGGUCCCGAACCGCCCGGAUCUGGGCGACGGACAAUUAAACCCGGAAGCGAGGCUGAGAAGUCUUUCAUUUCGGAUAUUCUCUGGGAUCUUGCGGCUAUUCCUGUCGCAGCCCCGGCAACCAAGGAAGGCGUUGAAGCUUUAGCCGAUGCUAUCGCGACAGCGUUCUCGGACGCAUGGCUUGUCCAUUCCUCUGAGUCCAAACCUGCCAAGCGCUCCAAGUCCUGGUGGACGGAUGAGUGCUCGGAUACAUUUAGCGUAUAUCAGUUGAGCCGCUCGCUCGCUGAUUACAACAAGUUUAAGAAGGUGUGUAAGGACGCCAAACGUGAUUUCUUCGAUGAACGUAUCGCGGAGAUUGCUACUUCUCGCAAGCGCCCGUGGGACCUAAUGGAAUGGCCUUGUCAUGAUAUGGACGACCUCUGGGACGCCCUCCACGGCACUUACAACUCGGCCUCUGGUCACGAGUACGAUGCCUCAGUCUUAGACGAGCUUCCCGACGAGCCGGUCCGCGAGUGGGCUGACUUUUCGGAGCAUGAGUUGUUGAGUGCCCUGAAGGGGUGCUCCAACUCCUCUGCACCAGGACCGGACCAUGUCACUUGGGUCCACCUAAAGGAGCUGCUCAAGGAUAAACACGUCCUUGCGCUCUUCAUCGUGUUGGCCAACGCUUGCCUUCGGGUAGGUCAUUGGCCACGUAUAUUCAAGGAGUCGCUAUCGGUUAUCGUUCCGAAGCCGAACAAGCCCUCCUAUGCCGUACCGAAGGCUUUCAGGCCGAUUGUACUCCUCAUCACUUUCGGUAAACUUAUCGAGAAGAUGAUUGCCAAUAGGAUACAGUUUGACGCCGUCAAGCAUGAUAUCUUCCAUCCCAACCAACUUGGCGGCAUUCGCCAGAGGUCAACUGAGGAUGCUGGAUUGAUUCUGACCCAUCUCUUCUUCCCUUCUAUCAACCAUGAGAUGUUCAUGGCUGUACUUCGCAAGCAAGGGUUUUCACCGGUUCUGGUGGAAUUCUUUGCCUCCUACCUUGUAGGCUGUUCCACAGUUUACUGUUGGAACACCUUCCAAUCUGACUCACGGUCUGCGGACGUGGGUGUCAGGCAGGGCUCUGCUCUCUCGCCUGUUAUCUCUGGACUGUUCAUUGCUCCGGUAAUGAAGCUCUUCUAUAUCAAAGCAGCGCCACUCAACAUGACACUGCUUUCCUUUGUGGAUGACGGGACCAUUCUGGCCCAAUCCAAACAACUUGAUGAUAAUAAUGUGGGUCUGCGUAAGGCCUACAAAAUUAUCUACCUUCUCUUUGUUGCCUUCGCACUUGUUCUUGAACACGACAAGACCGAGUUGUUCCAUUUUUCGCGUCGACGAGACGCCUAUAAUCCCUCGCUGGAUUUGGGGUACGCCCCACAUACCGGCGCUACACCUUUGAAGCCCAAGACCUAUUGGAGGUACUUGGGAUUCUACUUUGACCGCAGGCUCACGUUUCAUGAGCACGUUCGCUACUACGCCACCAAGGCAUUCACCACCGUGCAAGCCAUGCGCAUGCUCGGGAACUCUACUAGAGGUCUCUCGCCUAAACAGCGCCGCCUCUUAUAUCGGUCAUGUGUGGUCCCCAUUGCCACAUAUGGCUAUCGUCUCUGGUAUUUCGAUGGCGCCUGCAACAAGGGUGCGAUGAACCAGUUAAAACGGAUGCAGCGUAAAGCUGCUCUAUGGAUCAUGGGUGCUUUCCGCACCUCACCUACAGGCGUGUAUCGCGUCGCCACCCUCUCGGACACCCACCCUCUUCGCUCCAUGAUGGGCGAGGGACUCCUCAAGCGAGCUGCACCACAUGCUCGCUCUGCCGCCUUGAUGACCCCAGCUAUGCGAGGGAAAGUCAAGAGCACUGUCAUGGAGGUGGAUGAGCGUGUCCACACCUUAACUGAGAGCUUCGAACCUUUUGCGCCCGAAGCUCGCCCAGGCGAUCAGUUACUGGACCGCUAUGCGGACCGUAUCCACUUUGACGAGCGCGAUCCUACCCAGGAUAGGCGCCCAUAUCUAGACGAGCUCAUCGCGAAAGCGAGGGCCGACCCACUAACAGUACUGGCUGCAACUGAUGGCUCUGUCCCUCAGUCCAACCAGUAUCAGGCGGCUUCGGCUGCUAUAAUCUACAAGGGACAUCGCGAGCUCGAAAGGACUCGCUACGUCUCUGGCAGAGUUACCGCCCCAGAUGCGGAACUCAAUGCCAUCUCGUGUGCAGUGCGCCUUGCUGUUAAGCAGGCAAACUGCCAACAUAUUAUGGUCUUCACUGACUCUAUGGGCUCAGCCCAUAGAGCGGUUGACCCCGGCGUGCAUUCUGGUCAGGCUUUUAGUCUGUCAGUUUGUCGUGUUCUUCAAGAGUGGUUUGAGGCAGACGAUCUCCGCCGCAUUACCUUUGUUUACGUCCCAUCCGCCCUGCGGUGGGAUAUCCAUGGUGAAGCACACAAGUACGUCACCGAGCUCAAAGUCAGGGUUGGACGUCGCAAGACGGACAACUCCAUAGAUGCGCUACGCUCUCGAGCGGCGCACUCAGUCCUGGAUUCGUGGAGUUCCACUUUCCAGGAUCCAACCUACCGAGGCUCUGAGUUUUUAGAGCUUCAACAGCCUGACGGGCGGCCGCUACAGCCAUCGUACCUCAAUGGGGGACCUUGGCUCUCAACAUUUGGACACAGUAUCACUGAGUUCGCCCGCGUUUGCCGGUGUAUAACUGGCCACGCGCCCAUUGGAGCGUAUUACCGUCGCUUCAAGAUCAAUGAGCCUCACGGCUGCACUUGCGGGGCUGCUUUGCAGUCUCGCCAGCAUAUCCUCUUUCGCUGUCGUGAUAGAUAUUCUGCACACUAUCCCCGUUUUCUCGGGGAUAUUGCAUCGUUUAUGAAGUACAACCCUACGGCGUUUGGCUUCAACCGGGACCCGUCGGGUGUCGGAUAA